AUGGGCAGAUCUUGCAGGCAAUAUUUGGCAAUUCUUUCUUGCAUUUUUGCUUUUUAUUUCUCCCUGUUCUGUGUUUCUCAAGGUAAAGAUACACUUGGAGUUAACGAAUCCGUACUUGUAUACCAUGGAGACUUAUUGGAGUCUUCCAACCAGCGUUUUCGGCUCACCAUCACUCAUCCCUAUAGCUGGUUAUGGUUCCUGGUGAUCCAAUACAUGUCCAUGCUUCGAUCAAUUGACGUCUGGGCCAGCGACAGCUACCAGACUCCAGCCAGCAAAGAGCCUGCAUUUUUAACCAUGAAUGCAGAUGGAAGGCUGGUUGUAUAUGACACUUCUCACAGUCCUGUAAUCGUUGUGAAUUCUGAACAGCCUAUUAUGAUUAGCAACACUACUGCAAUUUUACUUGACAACGGGAACCUGGUUUUGAGAGCACCUGGAGGGAAUACUGUCUGGCAAAGCUUUGACCAUCCGAGUAAUAAGUGGCUUCAAGGAAUGAAACUUGGGAUUUUGCAAUCAGGUACAAGAUUUCUAACUUCAUCACCAAGCUAUAACCAACCUUCUUCUACAUUAGGCGUCGAUUUGAAUAAUACCAGGGAGAUUACUAUUACGCAAGAUGGAGUGGUUUAUUGGAGAAGUGGGACAUGGGAUGGCCAAAAGCUCAGCUUUCUUGAUAUAUCGGAUAGUUUUGGUUUCAAUUUUUACUAUGUAUCCACUCCAAAUGAGACCUAUUUCACGUGGAAUAGUAGUACUGAUCCCUUUGCCUUACUAAUUUUUAGCGAAAGUGGGAAUAUUACAGUUAGUAGUGGGGAUUUUACCAAUGCACAGGUAUUGGCAGUUUGUGAUGUAAUCACUUACAGGACCGACGAAAGAUCAGCCAAAGGGUGUACGAAUUCUUGUGGCGUCGGUGAUGGAUUUAAGGAAAUAAUGGGUGACUUGGUUGCGUGGGAUGAAGUGUCCUAUAAUGACAAUGCUCUUCGCUUUUGUAAGUUGAGAUGCAGAAGAAACUGUUCGUGCUAUGCUUAUUCUAAUACUGCAUACGAUCAGGACGGUGUUGCUAUGGGCUGUAAAAUGGCUAUCAGACGACAUGGAAAACUUAUUUCUUCAAAUAAACAAACAAUUUUUGCCCGCGAAAGCUUUGUUUUGGAGAAAGGUUUAGAGAAGUUCCAGCAGCUUCAUGAAAAAAGGGAUGAUGAAUCAUCUGUUUUCGAGUUACCAGCAUAG